UCUCUGCUCUCUUUCCUAGGGCUGUCGCCGCGCGGGGACGUGGUCACCCCUCACUGGGUCCUGGGAGGACGCCACCGGCGAGCGGUCAGCGUGGCGGAGAAGGUGCCGGCGCCCGCCCGAGGGGACGUGGCGGUGACGGCAGGGGGACGGGAGCUCAUCCUGGCACUGGAAAAGAACCAGCUGCUGUCACCGGGCUACACCGAGACGCACUACACGGCAGACGGGCGGGUGGUGACCGUGUCUCCCAACCACACGGAUCACUGUUACUACCACGGCCAUGUCCGAGGGUACGAGGACUCCUGGGUUGUGAUCAGCACCUGCUCGGGGAUCAGCGGCCUCAUCGUGCUGAGCAGCAAUGACAGCUACUACUUGAAGCCCCUCGGCAGCCCGGACCCCGAGCACCACGUCCUGUACAGGGCAGCGCAUUUGCCCUUCGAGGGGGGGAUCUGCGGGCACAGCGAGCACUUGGGAAGCAACGUAGCCGACCUCAUCAGAGUCGUCAAGCCGGCGCGGCAGCGGGUAAGGAGAGAUGCCUGGAGGACCAUGAAGUACAUGGAGCUGUUCAUUGUUGCUGAUCACACUCUGUUCCAGAAGCAAGAUCGCAACUUGGGCCACACCAAGCAGCGGAUCCUGGAGAUCGCCAACUAUGUGGACAAGUUUUACAGGUCUCUGAACAUCAAAGUGGCUCUCAUCGGCCUGGAGGUGUGGACGGAGAGGGACCAGUGCACGGUCACCAGCGACGCCAACACCACCCUCUGGUCCUUCCUACAGUGGAAGAGGGCGCUGCGGGCCCGCAAGAAGCACGACAACGCCCAGCUGCUGACCGGCAAGACAUUUCAAGGGACGACCAUCGGCAUGGCCCCGCUGGAGGGGAUGUGCAGCGCGGACAACUCAGGAGGCGUCAGCGUGGACCACUCGGAGCUGCCCAUCGGAGCCGCCGCCACCAUGGCUCACGAAAUUGGGCACAACUUUGGCAUGAGCCACGACAGCGAGGGAUGCUGCGUGGAGGCCACCCCGGAUAAGGGGGGCUGCGUCAUGGCGGCUGCAACCGGCCAUCCUUUCCCCCGUGUCUUCAGCUCCUGCAGCAAGAGGCAGCUGGACAGUUACUUCCUGAAGGGCGGCGGGAUGUGCCUCUUCAAUAUGCCCGACACCAAGGACCUGGUGGUGGGCAAGAAGUGUGGGAACGGCUUCCUGGAGGAUGGGGAGGAGUGCGAUUGUGGGGAGCUUGAGGAGUGCACCAACCCCUGCUGCAAUGCGCACAACUGCACGCUGAAAGCUGGAGCCCAAUGUGCCCACGGCGACUGCUGUCAAUAUUGCAAGCUGAAGAUGGCCGGGACCAUGUGCAGGGAGCAAGCCGGAUCCUGUGACCUCCCUGAAUACUGCACCGGGGCCUCACCCUACUGCCCAGCCAACGUAUACCUGCUAGACGGCUCCAUCUGUGCUCGUGGAGAGGCGUACUGCAGUAACGGCAUGUGCCUGACACACCAGCAGCAGUGCGUCCAGCUCUGGGGACCAGGUGCUUGGCCAGCUCCCGACGCCUGCUUCCAAGACGUCAACAUGGCUGGCAACACGUACGGGAACUGCGGGAAGGACAGCCAGGGGCAGUACAUGAAGUGUGACAGGAGAGAUGCCAAGUGCGGCAAGAUCCAGUGCCAGAGCUCUGCCAAGAAGCCCCAAGGCACCAACACGGUCUCCAUAGACACCACCAUCCGGUUUAAUGGGCGGGAGGUGAAAUGCAGAGGCACGUUUGUCUACACCACAAAGGACGACGAGGGCGACCUGUCCGACCCGGGGCUGGUGAUGACCGGCACCAAGUGUGGGGAUGGCAUGGUCUGCAAGGAUCGCAGGUGCCAGAACGCUUCCUUCUUUGACCUGGAGAAAUGUGUUUCCCGUUGCAAUGGCCAUGGGGUCUGCAACAGCAACAAGAACUGCCAUUGCAAUGCAGGCUGGGCUCCCCCGUUCUGCGAGAAGCCAGGCUUGGGGGGCAGCGUGGACAGCGGCCCAGUGCAGUAUGACAACCAUGAGACCAUCAUAAUUGUCCUGCUGGUCUUCCUGCUGUUCCCUCUCAUCUUUGCUCUGGUGUUCGGACUUGAAUUUUACUACCGCCGGGAGAAGUCGCUCCUCAGCAAGUGGUGGAAGGAGAUGAUGAAGUGCCUGGAGACCUGCAGGAACAAAACCGCUAGUCAGAAGACAAGCAGGGGCCACUCGAACUCAGCCUUCACCUUGCAGAAUAUCUACUCCUCGAGCAGCUCUAACAAGACAUCCCGAGGCGCCUUCCCCCAGAAAACCAGUGCUCUGCAGAAUGGCUCCCAGCCUGUCAACGUCGUCCGCCCCCUUCGCCCGGCUCCCAGCCCGCUCACGCAGCCCCGCAAAGACCUCAAGCCUUCCCGGCCACCGCCACCCAUCAACAAAUCCCCCCUCAUUCCUGCCAAAGCUGCCGGCACCCAGCCCAAGCUGCUGCCUCCAAAGAAACCUCUUCCCAGCAGCCCCGUGAAGACCCCUGUGGUCGUCUUAAAGAACCAGCCUCCACGCCGACCCCUGCCCGGGAGCCCACUUCAGGUCAAAGAGCCUUCCUCCUCACAGACCUUGCUGGUCAUGGUCCCUCCAACCAACUUCAAGGCGACAGGCACCAGCUGCACGAGCCACAUCACGAAACCACUCAAGUCGGUGCCUCCUCAAAGACCAGCCCUGGGGUGCAGAGUCCGAACCACUGCUUUCCCCUUUAAGAAAUGACACAGAUGUGCGGGGGAAGAAAGAAAUGCCAGUGCACUCGCCCUCGGACUGGUUCUCCUGAUUUGCACUACUGCCGGCAGCCUGCGUCCUUGGGAUGCUAGAGGACUAUUUUUAUAAUACAGGAAGGGUUUUCUGCACAAUGGGGAGGGGGAUUUUUGGUACUGGGUUUCAUAAGGGUGGUGGGGUGGGAAGCUGGUGGGUUGCCUCCCUCUUCUGGAAUCGGCUCCCUGCCGGUGAGAUCGUCCAGACUCGGCGUCUUCCCGUCUCAGCACCCAAGCUGGGAUGGGGCAGCAUUUGGGUCUUGCAAGCCUCCAGCGCCAAGGGGCAGCGUCAGUGCUGGCUGCAGCGGUAGCUACCUCCUCCUCCACGACCCCAUCCAGAUGUGCCUCCAGUGCCAGGAGAGCUCGAUGCUGGGUGUUGCAAUUGGUGCUAGCGCGUCGUGCGGACAGAGCGAUUUCCAGGCCAACCUGUGCCAUCUAGCGGCAGGAUAUCCCCGGAAAAUCCCUGAUCCCUUGGGCAGCUCAGAUCCUCCUGGGCACGGGUCGUGGCGGAAUAAUUGGCACCAGGUUGGCAUUUCAUUCACGUGGUGCUGGCAGCGACGGGGCAUUUGGGGCAAUUCCACGUUCUGGCUCACGCCUGUCACAUGAUGUGAGCCAUGGGGAUGUCUUUGUCUGCUGCUAAUCCUGUUAUUGUACAAGGGGCAGAAGCCCAGUGGUGAAAGCAGAGGGGAGACCAUUUUCUGGCUCCGCCACUGGUUUGCUGCGUGGCCUUGGCCAAGUUACUGCACCCCUCUGUGCCUCAGUUUCCUCAUCUGUAAAAUGGGGGUAAUAAUACCUACCUCACAGGGGUGUUGUGAGGUUUGACGACCUGGCGUCUCUAAAGGGCUUGUGAGAUCUCCAGAUGGAAGGUGCUGCUGACCUGUGAAGUGCUGGAGCAUCUGUAACAUUCGAGUCACUUUGCUACGACACGACACGCAACACGGUCAGUGUCUCAAAUGAAAACAAGGGCUUUUUA